CCAUCUGCCUUCUUAGUGGACAGCGACGUGGUGCUGAAAAGAGCUGAAGCUUCCUUUACCUGUCAUUUCUUCUCUGAAGCUAUAUAGGCAUACACUGCAGUGGGUAACUUCAACUUUUUGAUGAUUUGUCUCUAUAGUUAUGGCAAUUUCCUCAUCUACAUUUGGAAUGUAAGGUCUAACUAGCAGAUUUACAGCUUUCUCUCCCACAGCAAGAUCAGUGGAAAAGUCUUACGCAGCAAUGAAUGAAGUCCCGAUUGCUUUAUCAAAUGGUACAUGUGACCUAUUUAAUAAAUCAUGGAGGAUCAUAGAUGAUUAUCACAUAACAGACACUGCAGAAACUGUUAUUCUUCCUUCAUUCAUUGGAAUUAUCUGUUCAACUGGAUUAGUUGGGAAUAUCCUUGUUCUAAUCACAAUAAUAAGGUCUAGAAGAAAAACCAUACCAGAUAUCUACAUCUGUAACCUGGCAGUAGCAGAUUUGGUUCAUAUUAUUGGAAUGCCAUUUCUUAUUCAUCAGUGGGCUCGUGGAGGAGAAUGGGUAUUUGGAAGCCCUCUUUGUACUAUCAUAACUUCUCUGGAUACCUGCAAUCAAUUUGCAUGCACAGCCAUCAUGACAGCAAUGAGUUUGGACAGAUACAUGGCCCUUGUACAACCAUUUCGGCUUACAAGCUUGAGGACUAUAUCAAAGACUAUUCGAGUGAAUGUUUUGCUCUGGGCAGCAUCUUUUAUUGUGGUGUUUCCAGUGUGGGUAUAUUCCAAAGUUAUACAAUUCAAAGAUGGAUUAGAAAGCUGUGCAUUUGAUUUAACAACACCAAACGAUGUUCUCUGGUACACACUUUACUUGACCAUCACAACUUUUUUCUUUCCAUUACCACUUAUUUUAGCGUGUUAUAUUUUAAUCCUUUGCUACACAUGGGAGAUGUAUCAUCAAAACAAAUCUGCAGGACGAUACAACAACAGCAUACCGAGACAGAGAGUCCUGCGUCUUACCAAAAUGGUACUCGUUUUGGUGGGGGUUUAUAUUGUCAGUUCUGCCCCCUACCAUGUGAUACAGAUUGUGAACCUUCAGAUUUCUCAGCCAUCACUAACUUUCUACGUUAGCUAUUAUUGCUCCAUUUGUCUCAGCUAUGCCAGCAGCGGCAUUAAUCCUUUCCUUUAUGUUCUUCUUAGUGGAAACUUCCGCAAAAGACUUUCUGACUGCACCAAAACGAAAAUCAGAAUGUCAGAGCGGGAGCUAAAUUAUAUAGAUACUUUGAAAUCCAGCUUUUAAUGUUUUACUUUUUGUUUUGUAAAUGUAAAUUGCACAAAAGGCUGUUUAUCAAUUUGUGUUAGCAACAAGUAGAGAGAACUCUGUGGAUAUACUUUGUGAAAUUAAAAGUAAAAUGUCCAGGA